AUGAUUGCUAAUGUUUCUGUCACUAAUUUCCUUUAUGCAAUGGUGGCUAGCAAUCUCUCUGGUUCAUCUAAGUCUUCUAACUUUGAAGAUAAUGAGCAUUAUGAGAGUUCCUUUAAAAAUGGUAAUUCCUCAAAUGGAGGUUUAUAUGGUUCUCAAAGAGGUUUUUAUCAGUCAAAUGGUUUUGGCUAUAAGUCAAAUGGUUUUGGCUAUAAGUCAAAUUACGACAGAAACAAGGGUAAAGGCAAGCAUUACUAUAAUUCUAAGUCUCGAUUUGGCAAUGCAAAGUAUGGUAACUUCAAUAACAAUGCUCCUGGUCUUCUUGCUAUGGAAGAAGAACUCUUAGCGUUGCAUUCUCAAGGCACUUGGUCUUUGGUUCUUCUUCCUGCAAAUAAGAACUUGGUAGGGUGUAAGUGGGUCUUCACAAUUAAAAGAAAUGUAGAUGGUACUAUAUCAAGGCAGCUUGAUGUGAAGAAUGUCUUCCUUCAUGACAUUUUACAAGAAGAGGUCUACAUGUCUCAACCCCCAGGGUUUAUAAACUCUCAACAGUCUUUUCAUAUGAUAAUCACAGACAAUGCUAUUGCAGCUAUUCAAGAUGUCAUCCAGUUUUUAGCUCAUGAAUUUGAUAUUAAAGAUUUGGGGCCCUUACAUUAUUUUUUAAGGAUCCAAAUCACUCACAGUGCCACUGGUUUAUUUCUCUCACAGUUCAAGUAUGUAACAGAUUUGAUAAACAAGACUGAUAUAGCCCUCUCCAAAUCAUGUCACACACCUUGUCUACCUUAUAAAAGGUUACUUAAGGAUGAUGGCAAACCUUUUCAUAAUCUAGCACUGUAUAGAAGUGUGGUGGGUGUUUUGCAAUAUCUUACUUUUAUAAGACCUGAUAUUGCUUUAUCAGUAUAUCAGGUUUGUCAGUUUAUGCAUUGUCUAAUGGAAUCUCAUUUUAUAGCUAGGAAGAGAAUUCUCAGAUAUUUGAAAGGUACAGUGGACUAUGGUAUUCAAUUCAGCAAAGGAGAUUUAGAUUUACAUGCAUUCAGUGAUGCUGACUGGGCUGGGGAUCCAAAUGACAGAAAUUCUACUACAGGUUUGGUGGUCUACUUGGGUUCCAGUCUUAUCUCUUGGUCCUCUAAGAAACAAAUCACAGUCUCUAAAUCUUCAAUUGAAGCUGAAUAUCGAGCUCUCUCCUCCACAGCUGCAGAGAUUGACUGGAUUAAGCAACUUCUGUAA